CAUUUUCGGCAGCAGAUAUAUAAGCUACCUCUGGAAUCGUCCAAAGCACACCCAAAUUUACUUCAGUUUAAAGAUGAAAAUUGUGCUAGUUCUGCUAUUCGCCCUCUUGGGCUACAUCUCAGUCGCUUCAGCCGCUUGCAUCCCCAAAGUCGUCUGCAAAUUUACGUCUGGCCAAAGCGGGAAGCCUGAUUGCUCCAAGUAUUCGAAUGGAUCAAAGUUUAGAAAUUUGAACGAUCCAGUUCACUACUGGCAAUGUGAUGGCAGCGCCGCUGUUUCUGUACUAUGUCCUGCUGGAUGUUUCUACCAGGGUAAGCUCGAGUCAUGUGUUUCCGUCGACGAUUGGAUUUGGGAACCUGGAUGCGAUCCGCAAUUCAUGAUUGACGAUAAUGCAUCCUCCGCCAGUGCUUCCAGUGGAUCCGGUGCUUCUAGUGCUCCCAGUAGCCCAGGUACUGCCUGCAGCAAUUGAUUAACAUCAUAAAGAAAAAUAUAUUGCAAAUUACUUUGCAUAAUCAAAAUUAAAUUGCAACUAUUGGAAAA